GACAUCCACCAUGGUCAGUUUGUGAUCGAGUACGAGAAGUCAUCAACAACAAGGAGUUGGCGCGGCGGAUAAAGCAAAAGCAGGAGCAAAAGAACAAAAAUGUCAACUUUCUGACGGUGGACUCGAAGCUGACGAUCGACGCGGGGCCCAAUUGCAACUUGACCCAGUUCAUCAACCACUCGUGCAAGCCCAACUGCGAGAUGCUGAUGUGGAAGGUCGGCGGAAGCUAAUCCGUGGGGCUGUUUGCCCUCAAGGAUCUCAAGGCGAGCUCACCUUCAACUACAACUUUGAGACGUUUGGUGAUCAGAAGAAGAUCUGCCAAUGUUGUGCGAGCAAGUGUCCCGGACUAAUCGUCAGCCAAGGGAAGGAGAACUGCAAUGAGGAGACCACAACGGUCUUGCGCGUCUUGCAGGUGCAGAUUGCAACUUGGAUUACCUACUCGAGUGCUCAAACGCCAAGAGUGACGACGACGGCGGCAACUACAGCACCUCCGCCAACCACGCCUGCGGCAAAGUACCAAGCAAAUAUUGCGAUAUUGACCACUCGAUGACGGACUCGAACUUGGUUGAAUACAGGACGAAAAUGGUCGUAAAAAUUCGGUGGAGGAGAUUUGGACCUGAUAGUGGAUAGUAAUGGCCACGGACAGUGACGUUCUGAUACGCCAGUUUUUAUUGAGUCAGUAUCAGCAGCUUUAUUUCGCCGGAGAAGCAGCUGAACCGGAACGGGAUCUCCUGAGGCCGGAUUAAUAUUCUUGUCGGAAUCCGAUAGUGACACUUAGGUCCUGGCGGGUCUGACAGGUUUUUAGUUCUAUUUAUUGUAUAAUCCAUGUGCCAUGUUCUUUUACAAUUCUAUAAUUAAAGAUGAUAAGGGGGUGAAGGGGAUGUCGGUGCAAGUAGGCGUCCUGAUUGAGGACCCAAUCGUAGUAGACGUAAUUGAUGACGGAAAAUAAAAUUAUCAUUCUUGUUCAAACCACUGAGCUGAGUAGUUUACUUUUUACGAGCUCUACCACAAUCCAAAAGGUUAUUGGCCCAGAUUCAAGAAUUGAAAGAAGAUGAAUCCGCAAGUCAACGGUCAAGUUCCAGACAACCCUCAAGCCCCGCAGCAAGUUCCCCAUCACUCAAACAUGCUCAGUCUCCCGUCGAUUGAACGUUUAACCGGCCGGGACAAUUGGUCGACGUGGAAAUUCGCUGUUGAGACGUUUUUGGAACUGGAGGAGCUUUGGGAAGUUGUGAAGCCAACGUUGAACGCUGACGGAACCUUGCCACCGAUUGACGAACGGAAGUGCCGCAAAGCGCGCGGCAAGAUUAUCCUACUACUAGACCCAACGGUCUAUGUGCACGUGAAGGGCGUCAAGACAGCUCGUGAAGCCUGGUCGAAGCUGGAAGCGGCUUUCGAGGACGCGGGACUGAUGCGGCGCGUUGGUCUUCUACGGAAGCUGAUUACGACGACCCUCACGGCAUGCGGUUCUAUGGAGAUCUAUGUGAACGAAAUCGUGUCCACCGCCCACCAGAUCCGCGGCGUUGGAUUUGAUGUCUGCGAAGAAUGGGUCGGAACUUUCCUACUCGCUGGUCUUCCGGAAGAGUACAAGCCGAUGCUGAUGGCCCUGGAAAAUUCUGGUCUCGCCAUUACUGGGGACAGCAUCAAGACGAAGUUACUCCAGGAAAUGCAUUCGGUCCCGGAGAAGACUGCGUUCGUCGGACGAAAACCGUAUCCGCCGAAGCAGAAGCCCAGCGCAGCCCAAGGACGGUCAGCUGAGCAACAACCAAAAGGACCGAAGUGCAAGCGUUGCCAUCGACACGGACACGUUGCCAGGGACUGCCAAUCAAGAACUGGUUCAGCCUUCGCAACGGUGUUGGCGACGAACGAAGGUUUUGAAGAUGACAGCUGGAUUUUGAUUCGGGAGCAUCGGAGCAUUUCACGAAGAAUCGUAGCCUGCUGA